AUGAAGAUUCUUCCAUUAUCGAGCCUGUUCGUAGCUUCAAUCAUCGCUCAGGAUGUAAAAACUAUGGUGUUUCCGUUCUCCGGAAAUGGCUCCGCUGCAGAAUCACCGAGCAGCAUAGAGUCUACUUUUCGACCGGAUAUGACGCGUUCUUCCGAGCCCCUCGCUCGUCCUCCGACCGUGCCUGCCAAUUAUUUUCUCCCCUCGCCGCAGAGGACGUACAUCAAUCACAGGAGCGACAGCCUGCCUUACGUCUACGAACAUCCGCAUUUCGGCUAUCAUCCUGUGGCGCACUCGAUCGAUUACCCCGUUGGACCGUCUUCGAAGCAGCUGGUAAUCGUCAGUUUCAUCGGUUUGCUGCUGCUCUUCGCCAUCGUUCAGAACACGAUCGCUACAGCGAAGCGGAGAGACAUUCUCACGGACGCUCUAUCCGCUAGAAGCAAGAGAGAGCUCUACUCUGCGUACCAUUUCAAUUCCGUGACACCGGAACAGGAAGACGUUCUCAACGAGGACGCCAGGAUACGAUGCAUCCAGAGAACAGUCUGCCUGGAGAAUCGAAGGCUGUCGAAAGCGUUCGGCGCGACGGGCAAGAUACUGGCCAAAUACUUGACACGUGGCGUGGAGAAAUCGCUCAAGCCGACUUCCGGUUGGGAUCGUCUGGUGCGGGACGCCGGUGAAGCUGGGAUUCGUGGCGAGGACUGCGAGGUUCUUUACAGAGACUGCGAGGAGGAUCGUCGAUCAAUGGGAACGUAA